AUGUCGGACGACCCAACGCCCCUCUGCCUACCGCCCCACCUACCAUACCCGAUAACGAUCACCCGGCUCUUAUUCUCAUCCGCAGCCGCAUUUUCAGCGGCAUUGCCCGAAUCUAAUCAAAUCGCAAGAGGAACCAAACUCCUCGAAUACUCCUUUACGUCCGAUACGUCGCGCCGGGCCCUCGCCAAGCGGACGGCCGGUACGGGAGAUGCCCGGAAACGCGGAGAAGGGGAGGAAGAGGGUAUAGGGGAGAAUGAUAUGGUCGGGUCGUGGGAGUGUCCGAUUGAGGGGGAGUUUGUGAAGUGGGGCAAAGGGGUGGAGGUGGGGAUGAAGGUUGAGAAGCGGCAGGCCAAUCGGCCGGUGGUCUAUGUUCAACAGGCUUGUACGCACCCUGUGCAGCUGCAUGGGCUGUGCGGGAUCUGCGGGAAGGAAUUGACCGAGAAUGACUACAUCACCCCUGCUUCAGCUACGGCGAGUGCACCGGGACCAUCAAGGUUUCCAGGGGCGUACGAAAUGGGGCAUGAUAGUCUCGGUGUUACGGUCUCCUCCAAUGAAGCCGCCCGCCUGGAGUCCCAAUCUCGGACGGACCUCCUCAGCUCUCGCCGCCUGUCCCUGAUCGUCGACCUGGACCAGACCAUCAUCCACACAACAGUUGACCCAACAGUCGGGGAAUGGCUAGAAGAGAUCCGUCGGAGCGACGCCGAAGAGGCUGCUGCUGCCGCUGCCGCCCAGGCUGCUCCAGCAGAAGGCGGAGAAGCAGGAUCGAGCGAGAAGCCCCAAUCUAAACCAGCCAAAGUGAAGCGGAGACCCAAUCCGAACGCCGAGGCACUGAGGGAUGUGGCCUCUUUCCAGCUGGAAGAUGAUAUGCCUCCUGGAGCAGCUCCGGGCAGACGGAGCGGGGCGGAGAGAUGGUACUAUACGAAACCGAGACCCGGAUUGCCAAAGUUCUUGGAGAGCAUGUCGGAGCUAUACGAGAUGCACGUCUAUACGAUGGGUACUCGGACGUAUGCGGACGCAAUCUGUAAAGCUGUCGAUCCGGAUGGGAAGAUCUUUGGUGGGCGGAUAUUGAGUCGAGAUGAGAGUGGGAGUCUGAGCUCAAAGAGCCUGAAGCGACUGUUCCCGACAGACCAGAGUAUGGUGGUUGUCAUUGACGAUCGGGCGGAUGUAUGGGGAGAGCUGCCGAAUCUGGUGAAGGUUAUUCCAUACGACUUCUUCCUCGGAAUAGGCGACAUCAAUUCCAAUCCUGCUGGAAACAAAACAGUCCGAACCUCCGGUACAGUCGGCGGCUCAUCUCCAUCUCGCAAAUCACCAUCACCAUCGUCGCCAUCCGCUUCAUCCGGCUCGCCCGCUUCAGCUUCGAGCUCUUCGGCAGCGGGGCCCACCACUCCUGAGGCCCAGUCUGUCGAUACCGCAGAUGCCCAAGCGGGGAUCACGGCCGGGGACGACAUCAAGGAGGACCGACUGCACAAAGUCGAGGAAGAACGACCGCUCAAGAAGCUGGCAGAGCAGAUGGAGAAGGCGUUGGCGGCUUCGCUGGAGGCCGCCGCCGGGCCUGAUCGGGAUACUGCAGGUGGGCUGGGCGGCGGUACAUCAGAGGGGAAGCCGGGCGCGGCGUCUGAGGCGAAAGAAGGGACGAUUGCGCAGAGGAGCACAACGCCAGAGGGGAGCCCUCCGCCUGCGGAUGUGCCGUUGCUCAAUCCGAAGGAUUAUGAGCUGGGACGAUUGAGUCGGAUCCUUACUGAAAUACAUCGGUCCUUCUACGCGGCAUAUGAUGCUCGUCCACCAGAUGCUGCGGAUGAAGACCCGCCUCCUAUGGGCUGUGAUGUAGAGUUGAUCAUCCCCGACAUGAAGUCGAGAGUCCUCGAAGGAUGCAGCAUUGUCUUUUCAGGUGUAAUCCCUCAAGGUGUCCGGCCGGAAAAGUCCGAGAUCUGGAUGGUCGCCCAAGUCUACGGCGCCCGACCCCUCGUCGAGCCUUCCCCAGCCAUGACCCACUGUGUCUGCGUCACGGCCGGAACCGAAAAGACACACCGGACCCAAAAGUUGGGAAAAUGGGUCGUCAAGCUCGAAUGGAUGUUGCAGUGCCUGGCAGAAUGGAGGCGGGUGGACGAGGCGCCAUGGGAUUGUUUUCCCGAACAAACAAAGGCGAGGCUGGCUUAUGAGGCGCGAGAGGCGGCAGCGGGUCGGAAGGGGAAGGACAAGGGGAUGGACAAGGAGCAAGAGAAAGAGGGGGAGGCGGAUGGGGAGCCAGGAGGAAUGAGGGUCCAUGCUGGUGAGGAGGUGAAGGAGCCGGAAGGAGGAGCGGAAAUGGUAGAAGGGGAGAUGGAUGAUCCGGGAUUUGAAACGGGUGGAUGGGAUGAGGCGGCCGAGAGGGAGUUCGAGGCGUUCUUGGAAGGGUCGGAUGAUGGGAUGUCAGAGAAGGGCAGUGUGGCCUCCUCGCCCAGCUCUGUUCCCGGAACACCUCGCAAACGCGUUCGAUACGCAGACGAGGAAGAUCUCCCCCUCACGUCUUUCCGAGAUCCACCGGCGAAACGUCCUUCGAUGGAUGUGGCCGAAUCAGGGGACAGUCCCGAGCGGAAGAGGAAACGCCCCAUUCAACUGGGUCCGCCACCUGAUCGGGACGAGGGUGAUUCGACCAAGAUUGAGAUCAGCGAAGCGAUGAAGGAGAGGAUACAGAGGCAGGUCGAAGAAGCAGAGGCGGAGCGGAGGGAGGAAGGCGAGGAGGCGGCGAGUGAGGCGGAGACGGAGGGGGAGGACGAGUUUGCGAGGAUGUUGGCAGAAAGUCUUGAUGAAUGA